AUGUCUUCUCAACCGCCUCACCCAACCCUCCUCAUUCCGGGGCCCAUUGAGUUCGAUGAUGCUGUGCUCCAGGCCAUGAGCCACUACAGUGAGAGCCACGUCGGCCCCGGUUUUGUAAACACUUUUGGCGAGGCCCUGUCGAUGCUGCGCCAGCUCUUCCAGACCAAGGACCCGCAGGCGCAACCGUUUGUCAUCUCCGGCUCCGGCACCCUCGGCUGGGAUCUGGUCGCCGCCAACCUUGUCGAGGCCGGCGAGGACGUCCUUGUCCUGGCCACUGGCUACUUCAGUAACGGCUUCAGCGACUGCUUCAAGACGUACGGUGGCAACGUCACCGAGCUGAGGGCCCCCGUCGGCGAGCGCCCUCAGCUCCCCGAGAUCGAGAAGGCCCUGUCCGAGAAGAAGUACAAGGUCCUGACCGUCACCCACGUCGACACGUCGACCGCCGUUCUGAGCGAGCUCAAGGAGCUGACCGCCCUGGUCAAGCGGGUGUCCCCUGAGACCCUGGUCAUCGUCGAUGGUGUCUGCAGCGUCGGCGUCGAGGAGAUCCAGUUUGACGAGUGGAAGCUUGACGGCGUCAUUACGGCCAGCCAGAAGGCCAUCGGCGUCCCCGCCGGCUUGUCGAUUUCCAUGUUUAGCAGCGCCGCCAUGAAGUCGUUUGCCCAGCGCAAGACACCCCCUGCGUCUUACUUUGCAUCCUUCAAGAACUGGACCCCUAUCAUGCAAAACUAUGAGGCCAAGAAGCCUUCGUACUUCGCGACGCCAUCCCCUCAGCUGAUCCAUGCCCUCCACACCGGCCUCAACCAGAUCCUCGCCAAGCCCCUGUCCGAGCGGUUCGCCAAGCAUAAGGAGGUUUCCGAUAAGGUUAAGAAAGCCGUUGCGGACCUGGGCCUGAAGCAGGUUGCCGCGAAGCCCGAGAACCAGGCUCACGGUAUGACGGCCAUCUACCUUCCCGAAAGCGUCAAGGCCGCGGAGCUGCUGCCUAGCCUGGCCAAGAAGGGAAUCGUUUUCGCCGGCGGCAUCCAUAAGGAGAUUGCGCCCAAAUACAUCCGUUUCGGGCACAUGGGUGUCAGUGUGACGGACCCCAACCGGAAGGACAUUGACAAUGCCAUCAAGGCCCUCCAAGAUAGUCUAUUUGAGGUUGGAUACCAAAAGGCGUAA